ACCUAGAUGCAGCAGCCCUUGCGAGUCGACAGAGAGUGUGGCGUCCCUUAGUUUGGUUUUUAAUUUUCUUUAAUCCUCGUCGACAAUUCGUGGGAGCUGCAGUGGGAGAGGCGACGGUCCGUUGUGUUUCCGAGCAUAAGGUUUUGGCCAGCCAGACGUCAGUCUCAACCGGCUAGAGAGAGAGAACAGAAAACGCUAGUCGAUCUGCCCCGAGGAAGAAAAAGGUUCAAAAGCUGGCACCCUGAAACAGAGCGGACCGGACUCGCCGCCCAGCCUCUCUCCUCUCUCACAAUUCAGUUGACAGGAGCACAUGCGAGCACACGAAAGAGCGCGGCCGGGGACAGCGCUGGCUGAGCUGGCUGGGGGCACGCUAUGCAGUACAGAAUACAGGUACUGUGCUCCGUGCCAGGCGAGAGAAGCCGUCGACUGGGGGCAAUGGCUAGAGGGGAUGAAAAGACAGUGAGAUCCUCUUCUCGCCGAAGAUUAUCACCCUAGUCGUGUCCACUUCGUCUAGGGUUCCCGAAGCGGUCGUGGCGGAUUGCUGGACGGCCGAGUCAGGCGUGAGCUAUUAGCCGCUUUUUGCGCCCAGGAGAGAAAGCAGAAUCAGCCAGCUACAGUACAGCACGAUACAGUACAAGAGAGGAGGGACCGAGAAGAAGGAAGAGGCGAGGAGGGGAGAGGGCUGGCAGAAGAACCAACAACUCGGAAACGGCCCGGAGUGGAGGGGAGAUGUCGCGAUGCCCAAGAUACGGGCUCAGGUACGAAUCGAGUACAGCAGGAGGCAGAUGUUGGGCACACAUCAGCCUCAAGCUCAGCACACAGGCAAUGCCCUGCAAGAACUGCUUGAUUCAUCAGACGGCCUGCGAGCUCUCCGUACAUGGAACAUGGAUGGAUGGAGGUGGCAUCGCCGUCGUCGGUCUUGCCUCGAUCAGUCUGACUACGCACACCUAGCGAGAACCACGCACUCAGCAAAUGCGUCAGCCCAAGCCUGCAUCUGCAGGUUCUAUUCUUGUACCUGCAGCACUCGCAAGAUGGCGAGUGAGCCAUUAAGUGUGAAGUGCCGAGUACCACCUUGCCUCGGAAUCGGAACCUCCUCAGCGGGUUCCUGGUACCUACAGCGGUUCCCAGGCGACUAUGGGAUGGACAAGUACAAGUACAAGCUGCAUAUGCCUGUAGCAAUAUCAGUGCCUUUGCUUGUCAGCCACAGAGCUGCAUCGCUCUCCUACGGUCCCGCGAAGAAGCACCGGCCAGCUUUGACCACCACCAGCUUCAAUGCUGCUCAGACUUGGCACAGACAUCAAACACAUGCGUCUCGACACCGGUUAUCACUCUUCAGCAGCCUGGGAAGCAACCGGUGCAAAGCCUACAAGCACAUAUCCUGGACCCCAGAGCUUGUCCCUGUACAGGUAGUAUUACUGCCUAUCGUCGUCCAUGACCACGAGCUUCUCCAAGCGCCCAACCUUCUAGAGGUAGUCCUUUUCCUCAUUAGAGCCUCGUUCCGUGCUUCCUUGGCUGAAGAGGAACUCGACCAACAACGCCGAAUUUACAGCGGACUACUCCGGACUCGCCCUGAUAGUUUGCGCGAAUGGGUGUGCAUCACCGUCGGCCAUGUGAAGAGCGCUCUGCAUGUGCCAACAUGCAGCGCAGGCACUCAAGGCUACAAUAUGGCCACGUUCCAAGUACAGUACUCCUUCCUACGGGCAGCGCCGGCAGUGUCUUUACGGAAUACUACCACCGCUCUGUACUCCUUCUUGCACGGAUUGCACAUCCAUCCAUGCUACGAUGCAGGGAGCGCUGAAGACGGCCCUACCCGCGUCUUACACCUCGGCAGUCUGCUGACCCUGUCAAGAUCAGACAAGGAGUCAUUCUCCGUUCACACCACGGCUUUGUACAAGUAUAUACACCGAGUCACGGGGCUUCAUAUGCGCUGCGACGUAGGCAUGGAAUACUGUAAAUGCUCUGCCGCCGAGUCUAGCUUCUUGGAUGACAUCUCGAUGCGUAUUAACCUUGUGCAUACGAGGACGGCGCAGUACUGCCAGCAGCAUCAGCAUUAUGAGAAGAAGAUGUCGCGAGACUUGUACAUCCUCCAAUAA